AUGACAUUGUUACUCAACUUACACGCGCUCUUUACCGCCAUUGUUGUUGCCAAUCUUUCAACCAGAUGCAGCGCACUGCUCUCUGGACGUGACUUUUGCUCCACACCGGCGCCCGAUGAGUCACUCCGAGCAGAGCACAGGAGAUUGUAUGAUCUACAGGCCCAACGUGGCAGCACCGCUGAGGAAAGCCGGGAGGUGGUGUCUAUGAUUGAAAUCGAGACAUGGUUUCAUAUCGUAAGCAGCAAUGAAGCAUCCAACACAGUAUCAGACGACAUGAUCACCAGUCAGCUUUCCUAUCUUCAGAAGGCAUAUGAAAGUGCGACUAUCAGCUAUCGGUUGGAGGGCAUUACUCGCCAUAUAAAUGACUCUUGGGCGCGGAAUGAUGACGAAUUGGGGAUGAAGAAUGCCCUACGAAGGGGCAAUUAUAGUACUUUAAAUGUCUAUUUCCAAACAGAUCUUCAGGCGUCUUCCGACGACACUUCUCGGGGCUUUCCCUAUAUCGGCAAUCGACGAACAGAUGUCUCGGAUCAAUCAUCAACAACUGUCCUUGGCUUCUGUACGUUGCCUGACCCGAGCGUGAAUUCCAGCAGCCCUCGUUCUAGUUACAUCAAGGAUGGUUGUAACGUGUUAGCCGAUACCAUGCCGGGUGGUAGUUUAGCGCAGUACAACCAGGGCGGCACAGCGGUUCACGAGGUUGGCCAUUGGAAUGGGCUGCUGCACACGUUCGAAGGUGAAUCGUGCUCCCCUGAUAAUGAAGGAGAUUACAUUGAUGACACCCCUGAGCAAUCUGAGCCUACGAGCGGAUGCCCCGCCGAGAAGGAUUCAUGCCCAGAUCUUCCUGGCCUUGAUGCAAUCCAUAAUUUUAUGGACUAUUCAUCUGAUGACUGUUAUGAGAGUUUUACUCCAGAUCAAGCUGAGAGGAUGAGGAGCAUGUGGUCCGCUAUGCGGGAAGGGAAGUGA